CUAUCUAUCUAGUUCCCUUGGUCUGACUUUUUUCUUCUUUAUUUGGUGGUUUGGUUUGUUUUCUGUGCUUUGCCAUAUCAAAACCCUUCAGGAUUGGAACGAGCUUCUUCACAACAAGGUCUCCCCAUUUUUCCAUGCCCUUCGCUGUUGGGUUCAUCUUCUCAUCAAUCAAGUUCGGAUCUAAAAACUUCCUGCCCUUCAUGCCCCCGUUUUGCAUCAGUACUUGCCCAACAUUCAUAAAGAAAAUUCUCGAUGAAUGCUUUUUGAUCCACUUUCGGGCCUGCAGAUUGAGGCCCUGUGCACGGUUCCAGAGGUGCCCUAGGGCAUUCGAUGUCGAUUCGGGGUUGUCUUUUCGUGGUAUAAUCCCAUGGAUGACGAUCUUAGCUUCGGGCUGGUCUUCGAAAAUUCUCUUCGCAACAUUCAGAGCAUUGGCCAUGACAAAUUCAUCCGUGCACUUAUGGACAAAGAGGUCGUUGCUACCCACCAUGAUGAACCAAAGUUUUGGACGGAGUUUCGCCUGUCGGAUGCCGUUCUCCCAGUGCCAAAGAAGGUUGGGUCCCUUUUUUUGGUGCAAAAAAGUUGAUGCAUUUAGGUGUUACGAGAACCAGGAAAUAAGCACAUUUGAGCGUUGGAAGACCACACAAUAUUUUCAAAAAGGUCGAUUUUCACGAAAUGUUGUUAUUCACAAAACAAACAUAACAUACCGUAUCGCCCGAACUACCCAAAGCAAUUGCGUUGAAAGUUCCUCCAUUUUUUUUCACGAACGUCCGUUCGAAAUACUCUUCCAUGCCCUCUACUAUUUCAGCCCCCAAACCGUGUGUUCCACUAAGUUGCUCGAUGAUACCAUCGCCAAAGAAAACGAUGUCCAAGUCUCCCGGUGCAUUUUUAGCUUGGGAUACCAUGUGAUCGUGAUUGCUGUCCCACAACUUUGCAUCGUCGUUCUUCAAUGCUACAUUCGGAUCAGGACAAGAACACCGUUCGUCUAGACUAUACCGGCUCGUUUCAAAACACCUUGCUUUCUUGGAACCCUCCGGCUCCAAAAUGCUGUGGUAUUCCUCCCAGCGUAUCACCUUCGAUUCUCUUCGUAGCAAGAAGAAGCUCAUCGAGGAACUAACAACAAGUAUGGCGACAUACUUCAUCAAUCGCGAUCUAGUCCACGGAACUCCGUCAUUUAUGAUAGAUUCAUAUCUGUUGUACCGCUUCAACUUCCCGGGUGAGUUUGCAUCAUUUAGUAGCGAAAUCCGUUCCUCCGCAUCGUCGUCUUGUGGAUGAGCUCUCACUCUCGUUCUUCGUCUCUGCUCCCUGCCCCGGAGACCACUGUUGCUCCGAGAAGUGGAAGAGGAACGAAUCUGAACAUCGCCUAGAAGCGAAACACGCUCCCGGCGGCUGCUAAGGGAGCGAACAUUGUCGUUCCCACCUUUCUUCAGUCGCAUCAUUUCCAUCAUUUUUUUUCGUAUUUUCUGUUAUCGGAUGUUUCUCUUCUGCUUUGGGUGAUGAGACCUUGCUAUUUGGGGUGUUGUUCCUGUUUGUCGCCCCAAAGAGAUAGCAAGCAAUUGUUCCUAAUUUAUGACGUUGUUUGUCACGGGACCUCGUAUUGUUGUCGCCGAUAUGUCAAUGAAAUCGUAGUCUACUGCUACUUGUCGAUGCAGACAGGAACACUUUCAAUAGGGCUCUUUGAUGAACGACCCUCCUAUCUACAAUUAUGCCCAACAGUGCUCCCAAAAAAAGUAAUCCUAGUUUCGUGAUACAGUGGAACGUACCGUACUUAACCCUACUGAAAAAAUGGCACGAUUGCUCUUACGACUAAGUAUGUUUGCAAACCACUCUCGUACCGUAUGGUUGCAGUAUCGUACGCUAGAUGCCGAUAUGAUCUUUAUUUUUCAUUGGAGUCUUGGUCAUAGAGUCAUUUAGUCUGGCCGCCAUACGUUAUGAUUUCAUCGGGUGAUUAGGUCUUUUGCGGUGGGCAGCCAGGGGAAGUCGAAAGUUGGGUGGACUGUACAUACCAUAAUGUACUGUACGUUUGUCAUUUGUUCAAUCUUUCAUAGUACUAGCAUAUCAGGAAACUCGUCUCGUGCCACCAACAUCUCAUUUCCGUAACUUUAUAUUUUUACAGAAAAAAAUCACGUUCAACMUAGUACAUGCUUUACAUUAAAAAUUUGUUGAUACCAUGUUUUUACAUUUUUCUCCCCCUCAAACUCCCUUAUUCCAGAAGGACAAUUCCAGUGGAAUAACGACUAUUUUUGUACUUUUUAUUCUAUUCGACUUCCAUGAUUCCCGUUAUUCAAGUUCUAAAAGUGCUUGACUGGGGGCGGUAGUAGCACGUUUAGUAGAGGAAUUUUGGCUCGAUCCCAGUCCUUUUGGGAACUUGGAAUCUUAAAUAAAUAGUUCAACGUGAAGACUAAAAAGAGGCCUACUAGACCUCAUUGUUGGUACGAAGUAGGAAGGCAAAUGUAUUGCGAGAAAGUGAAAUGGGUUAUGGGUACAAUAAAACGCCAGUUUUUAGUUAUUAGUAGCAGCUAGCUUUGCUUGCUUGUUAAUGCUACCUGGUCCUGCAGGUCCAAUGAGACGGAAACCCUAUCGUAUAGAGUUGGCGGGCAAAUGUACGACCCAGUCGUAGAUUUUUGGCUAUCUAAUUACCAUAUAACGACUCCUGGGAUUAAAAAAUUGGCUUGUACUGCAGUGUACUACUACAGCAGGCACGUGCUGAAUUUUUGAAUCCCACAUUCAUGCGACCAAAUAGUUUCGCGCACGUGCAAAAUAGUUUCGUGCACGAUGUAGCCCUAGUACAAGUGAAAUUUUUAAUCCCACGAGUCAUYACACGGUAAAAAGAUAGCCAAAAAUCCCCGCACAGUACAAAAAACACGUAGGGCAUUAAGAGAGGUUCAACUCACUCGAACAGUCAUAACUUUUUCCCCAACGGACGAUUAAGUAUGAUAAGCACAUGGUUAAAAAGAGAAUUCAAAGAGCUUUCUAAUGACGUGGGGGAGUACGGCGUACGACAAAUAUUGACUGAUAUACGUUUAUGAAUAUAUUGAAUUGCUAAUGUACGACUGGGUCGGCCGGAAUCACUCCGCCAAUGCUAUACGAUAACAUCAUCAAAACUUUUGGGUAGAGAAAAAAUGAAUUGACCACGUGAUUCCGAGGUGGUAGAAAGACAAAUCAGGUGGGAGCGGCUGUGCACAACAAUGUCAAUGUGGUGGUAGUAGUACUAGUUUUCAGUGACCUUCUUUGAUUGAUACUUGCGGAGCAUCGAUAAGACGUGCUUCUUGUAACGGAACACUAUUUGUCCAUGGUGUACGUCGGGAUGGUCUAAUGCACAAACCAUGUCCGUUCCGGUUAUGUGAUCCAUUUUCCUGGGAACAAUGAAACUGCACUCAGCUAACUUGGGAAGAAAAUACGUGUAUAAUUUCUCAUAGGUGAACACGGAUUUAUGGCAGUGCUCAAGGGAAAGUGAUGUGAAGGCCUUGGAGCUGUUGGUUGAAUUUAAGUUUUGCCACAAACACCUAAGCCAAAAACCCAUUGGAUUCAGAUAAUUGGUUUUAGAGUUUAGGUUGUCAAUUGUCAAAGCAUUGGAUGGGAUGGGAUUAGUGGAAUCUGUAGUAGAAGCAGAAAAAAGACCAGCAUGAUGUACAAGAAGCAAGUCCCAUCUAUUUUGGUACAUGACUUGCAACAUGCCAUUCCCUACCAACUUCCAGAGGGCCGUAUCACCCACGAGAUUGGCAAAAAACUUCUCCAUUUCCUUAAUGAUGUAAUCAGCACAUUUUGGUGUCUACGUCCCAUCAGUGGGGUUGUGAGAGAAGCUUCUGUUGUUAUCCAGUGAUAGAGGAAGUUUGACAUCACAAAAGUACCAUUGGGGUUGGGGUUCCAGAAAGCAUUUGUGUACUUGGUCAUGGUUUUUGCAGAUAUGAGACUCCCAGUCUCUUCCAACUUCUUGCAAAUGUUGGUGGACGUAGAUUUAAUAGAAACUUGUUCUUUGUCAAAUUUAGCCUAAAAGGAGUUCCAUCUGUCUAGAAACUUGUUGUACCUUUUAAGACAUUUGGAAAACAUGGAUCUUGGGACAACGAUGUACUGAGCAUUUCCAACGCUGGAUUUAGAGACCAGAUUGUUCAUUAGGAAAAGGUUCAACAACAGAUGUAUAGUGAGCAGAACGUCACCAGCAUCACUGUCGCCAGCUUGCACAACUUGAGAAGGAGGACAGGUAAUUAUAAUUCUGGACACAAUGAUAACACUGCUUUUAAGUACAUGAAGGGUAUCUUAACUUCUGAAGCAACUGCCUUGCAAAAUUGAUUGGAGUAGAAUCUUUCAACUAGUCUGAAGCUUCCUUCUGGUAUUGGUCAGCCGCGAAAAGAGCGCUUGUUUUGGAAUCAGUGGUCAAAAUGGUUAGUACUACUAGUGUUUUCUUAGUGAUCUUAGUGAUAUUUCUUGUGAAAUGUGAGGCAGUACAUGUUUGGUACCCAUUCGCAUAAUGAUUCAUUCUAACAAAAAGUACUUUCCAUCAUUCAUACAUUUAGACGACAAAAAAAUGGUGUUUUUCCACCUACUUUCACUGGAAAAUGUUUCAUAACAGAAAGUGAAGACAGAUUGUUGUUUGUGUUAAACCCAUAGUACAGAAGAAAGAACACACCAGAGUUUGAGUACUUUGUGAGACUGAUAUUAGGCACUAUCACCAAAACAAAACAACUUCAAGAGGAAGAGACACAAGAACAUAGUUAUCAAAAUAUUCAGCACAACAGAUGACGAGGCAUUUGCACUCCUUUUCUUGUUCAAUGACUUUGAGUCUUGGAAUAAUUCAGCAAACAGAAAGAACACUAAAAAAAGAUUCAUGGUCAGUAGGAUCAGAAGCAAGGAAGGCUGGAGCCUGCAGGGACAAAUGUUGUUCAUAAAACUUGUGAAAGAGAUAACAAAAAGAAGAGCAGAAGAAAGUACGCCGAUCCUCGAUAAGAGGAUCGACUCACUUUUCUUCUAGCACACAAUUUACAUCACUAUUAGAUAGUCACCUUCACAGGUUAUGACACCCUUCCAAUAAAAAUUAUCACCACCAUGGUGAUCCUUUUUUAGGCGUGCUCUCUCCUCAUCACACGACUCUACCAAACCAUUCGUUCACACACCUUUGAACAACAACAAAAUGUCAUCGCACAUGAUGCAAUGUGUAUAAAAUACUGGUAUUAUUUAUAUAAAGAUAUGAAAACUAAUAUCAAAACAGGACUAGUAUAAAAUGUACACAAAUUUGUUGCACGAGAUUACGUGUACUCUAGUAGGUGUUAAGUGUGUAUGAAAAUUGAAAUUAUAAUAUUAAGAUUCUCGCGCUUUGAAGUGAGCUUUCAGUAGACCUGAUUAGAUCCUGUGUAGCUCUYGGUACUAAAUCUACACAGGGUUCUUAUUAUUCUGAUCUACUGACGUCUUUGUUCCGUGCGAGGUAUUCUAUUUCUGAUAUCGUAGACCUCUUACGAUCCACAGACCUCUUAAGUGUUCGGUCCUCUUUAUAUUGGAUCCUAUGAUACAUACAUAGGAAACGUACCUUACGAUAGGUACGUAGGAAUGGUAUGAUCCUUMAUUCAUUUCUUCGGAGCUUGUAUCGUAUACGUACGUAUCCUUCUAAUACAGUACGUACGUAUCCGUUGCAUUUGUUCAAAUUUGUGAUCAAGAUUGAUCACAAAAAACUGAUCACAAAUUGGUUGUUUCUGAUCACAUUUUUCGGUACCUAGGGGGUCCUGGUAAUCUAAUUUUUUUCCAAAAAAUUGAAAUCGACAUGGUUCCAGCAUUCCGUGUCACAAUUUCAAUCGUGAAACAUGACAGCUAAGCGUACGUAACAAUAUUGUUCUUGCGUACUCCUCAUGUUCCCAAAUUGUGUCACUGCACUUUCAAGCUCGAACCAAAAUGCCAGAGUAUCACAUUUUGGGAUCGAAAGGAUCUGUCGGCAUCUUUCCAUCAGUGACUGAAAUUCAAAAUUGCAAUUGCAUAGAUAGCACUAAACAUCGUUGCUGUCAUUAUGUUGACAUGGGACUUUUCAUCAGAGAUUGUCUCAUAGCAAUUGCGUCAAUCGAUAACGUUUUUCGCAAAGGUAUACAGAUUCUGCACGUUGGUUUCGUUUCGACACAACACCCUCAAAUCAGUCUAUGGCUACGUAGAAAGCAAUCCGUGUUUCAGUUUCAGGAAUCCGACUGGCAAAAUGAAGACAACCAUCUACUACAAAACAUUACCGCUCUAUAAAGGGGAUGCAAUUCUAUCAGCAACCGGCAUUCCGGUCACACCUCCAAUUGGCAGCUGCAAUGCCAAGAGAAACGCCGGAAUGGAUCCAAUCUGUUUGGGACGACCCGCUAAACUACGAAAGCUCGAAGACGAAGCAGAAAAGGAAGAGCUAUUGUGGCUCUGCCCCUCUUCGGUGAAAUCGAAUCGAACGGGCUUAAAAAAUUCCGUCCAACGCAUCAUCCAACCCAUUAUAGACGGCAUCAAGCUGGGUUCACAACGUACCGACAAGAAGGACCCGAUCUCUUUGGCGGUAAGUACGAGCAAUGCUUCUUCGAACCCAUGUGGUCCCGCGAAACGUGGACUUUCCAAUCACUCACUCAUUUGUUUGUUUCUUCUCGCAAAUUUCUCAUGCAUCUUUUGGACCUUUUGCAGAGCGCAGACUCCUCGUUUGCUCAUGUUCCCCCGUGCACCAAGGCCAUCGAGGCCAUCGUUCAAGCAGUAGUCCGCAAGCCCCACACCACUGGCUACACACACGCUUGCGGCUCGCCGGAAUCUCGGUGCGCCAUUGCUUCACACCAUUCGUCUCCGGAACACCAACUGAGUCCGGAACACGUGAUUGUCACAAAUGGAUGCUCGGGGGCUUUGGAGCUUUCCCUUGAAUCACUUCUAGACCCAGGCACGACAUUGCUCGUUCCCCAGCCAGGGUUGCCCCUGUAUGAAGAAAUUUCAGCUUCGAUUGGAGCAAACGUGAUUCGAUACCGCCUCGAUCCCCACCAGGGAUGGGAAUGCGAUAUGAAUCACCUCGAAGAAAUAAUGACAAGCAAAAACGGCAAUACUUGUUGUCGCGCUAUUAGAGCUAUGGUCAUAACGAAUCCUUCGACGCAUGGAUCCGUCUUUUCCGAGACUCAUCUCACCCAAAUUCUGGGCUUUGCACUCAAGUAUCGCAUACCAAUAAUUAGCGAUGAAGUAUAUGGAGAUCUGACCUUUGGAUCGAACCGUUUCCAUCCAAUGGCUCGAUUGGCAGCCGUGCACGGACGGAAAGUUCCGAUCAUCACCACGAGCGGGUUCUCGAAACAAUUCCUGGUCCCAGGUUGGAGAAUCGGCUGGGUCGCUUUCCAGGACAAUAGUUACGGAUCGCUACGCGAAGUUGAAAAGGGAGCGCGUCGUCUGGCCAAUCUACAGCACGGUGUAUCACACCUGCAGCAAUCUGUAAUCCCGGCUCUGUUGUCCGUAUCGACCACCCCGGGACUUGCUCGCUGGAAAGAGGACUUUCGAAACGUUCUAAAAAGUCAAGCCACUCUUCUUUGUUCGAAGCUAAUGAAUGAAUGCCACUGCCUCGACAUUCGCUCUCCGCCACAAGGUUCUAUGUAUGCAAUCGUUCACUUGGAUCUGGAUUGCCUCGACGAAACGAUUCAAGACGAUAUGGACUUCGUCCGUCUUCUGGUUCGAGAAGAGAAUGUUUUUGUCCUACCGGGAAGUUCAUUCGGUGUUCCUGGGACAUUUCGUGUUGCCUAUAGUUCCUGUGAAAGAAUUCUCGAAAUGGCGUCUCAAAGAAUCAUCAACUUCUGUCACCGUCACAGAAGGGAAAAGCGAAGAGCCCACUGCAAUCAGUAAAAUGGGCAUGGUUGCUCAGGAUGGACACAGUCAAAAAUCAGUCUUCAUAAAGCUAUUGGAAGUUU